AUGCUGCAUGUGACAGCAGCCUGCCCUGCGUCCUGUGUGGUAUGCACCCAAGAUGUCACGCUGUGUCACCAGCUAACCUACAUAGUAGCAGCCCCUGAGACCACCAGGGUUCUAAUCCUUACAGACGGAGACCUCUCUUCAGUAGAGUGGACCAAUUUGACUCUCCCGGUUAACUUGGCCCUGCUCUCUCUGAGCCGAAAUGCUAUCUAUGGAAUUCAGAAAGGCUCCCUGCACAGCCGCACCAAGCUUUGGACCUUGUCUCUGGGCCACAACCACAUCCCCAGUUCUUCUCUGUUGGACCACACCUUCAGCAAGCUGCGAAGCCUGCAGGUCCUGGCGCUGACCUAUAAUGCCCUCCGCAGCCUGAGAAGAGCCUGGUUCCAGAACUCCAAGGUCCCGAGCCGACUCUUGCAGGAUGGAAAUCAGAUGACCAACCUCACGCAGAGUUCUUUUAAAGGUGCGACCCUCCACACACUCAGACAUCUGGACUUAUCUAACAAUUUCAGUUCCUUCAUUGAGAAGGAUGCCUUCCAGCAAUUGCCCCAACUGCAGGAAGUGGAUCUUUCUAGAAACAUGUUGGCUCACAUGCCAGAUGCCUUUACCUCGCUGAAGCAGCUGAGCCUCCUGCGCUUGGAGGGGAACCAUUGGAGCUGCACCUAUGACCUUCACCUGCCAGCCCGCAUUUUAAGAAACUUCGUGACGUCUCCGGCUCAGACACUUCAUAACACCAAGAACCUAAACUGUGAGGUGUUUCCCCCAGCUGUGGCCGCUGCAGAGAACAUGCUGAGGCUGACUGAGACCAACUGUGACUCCAAGGGUCAUAACGUCACUCUGGCUCUAAAGGACAGGCGUCCCCUUCUCCCAGGGCAGGAUGUGGUUCUCUUCACUGUGCUUGGCUUUGCAGGAGCCAUUGGUCUUACAUGUGCAGGGUUAAUCAUAUUUAACUGGAAACUCCAACAAGGCAGAGCAAAUGGACGCACAUCUGAAAACCUUUGUUGCAGAACUCUCAAUGAAUCCCUGUGUGCUCAUGAAGCAAGAAAUGGCCGUGCCGUGGGGUACUGUAACUGCCACUUAACUCGAGAAAAUGAGACAGAGGUGAUGUCCGAUGUGGGCUCCAGAAAGGAAACACCACUUAGACAGGAAAACAGCCAUCAAGCAAUGCUGGCCUGCGAGUCCACAGCCCUGGAUGCAUCAUUCAGAAAGCUGAAAGGGAGAGACCACGGGGCACACAGUGCUUGCUCUUGCCUGGGCGAUGAACUGCUACAGGCAGCAUGCUACGGGCCUCCUGGGAACAAGAAAGCUCUUUAUGAUGCAGACUUAGUGACAAGAUGUAGUCCAAAGACAGCUGAAAAGCCAAACAACCAGAAACAUGAAGAAGUCCAGUCACAAAUCCUGCCACAGCAUGGAAAAAGAACAAUAGAUAUGAGCAGUGGCACCUUUAGAAGCAGAUAUGGGACAUCCGUUUCAACCUUGGCAGGAGUGAGUCUUGGGAAGCAUUUAACAAACAAGUCAUGGCAGCCUCCAAUAGGAAAAGGAGACAAUGCUGCACAGAGACUUUUCAUCACCAGCUCAUCCUCCAAGCGACGGGAGCCAGGGCAACGUGUUGGAGGCAGGACUGCUCACAGACAUAGUGCGGGAUAUGACCAUCAUCAGGACCCUUUAAAGCAGAGCAAGCCUACAAAUUCUCAUCCCAACAUUUCCUUUACCUGCAAAUACGUACCCUGGGAUGCGUUUCAAGAUUUUGUGAGAGGGAAGAAGGCAGAUCGAAGAGAGCAGGCAGAAUCUGAGAAGCAGCAAGCUCAAAUUAACAGAGCAAUAGAAAAAUUCCUCAGGGGUCAGGAGAACAAAGACAAAUCAAGGUUGUCAGCAAAAAUCAAGAAGGCAUGUUCUACAAAGAGGGUGAAAUUCCAGAACCCUGAUUUAGUCAGGGCAAAAGGGCUGGUGGUGUCAGCAGAGACACCGGUUUCCUGGAAACAGGGAGAUAGCGAAAGCCAACACCUGACUUCCUUGGAUCUCAAAACCUGUACCAGCCUGGAGGAGGUCAAGGAAGCAAGAGAAAAGCUUCCAGAGCACCGGGCUCUGAAAAAGAAGACACUCAAGCCCUCCCAUCUGCGGGAGAAAGCGAAGGGACAGAAUUUAAGGCUAAAGGUAGAUCUGCACCCCUUUGGAAAAACUAGGGUCCACCCGGAGGAAUCCACAUCAGAUCACAACAAGAGACAUAAACAAACAAGGUUACCUCUCCAGAGAGCAGCCAGAACUUUUGAGAGAAAACUCAAGGCAAAACCUGUGUCUUUUGUCAGUUCUCAGCUGCCAGGGAGGAGCAGCCAUGCUAAACUCACUUGUUCAAAGGGACCACUGCAACAUGCCCUGGAUCAGAUCCCUUCUCAGGAAAGAAAUGGCACCUUCACAGCUGACAGCUUGUCGGUAGACAAUCAGGGUUCUGAGCAGGGCAGCUGCUGCCCAAUGGGCCACGUUCCCAAUGGGAACUUACUAAUGGUGCCUCAGCCCCCAGUCAGGGUUGCUGAGCACCACCAUUCACACCCUGUUCUCUCACCCAAGCAAACGGAAAAUAUCACUGGUGCACAAGGGGAAGUUCUUGGCCCCUCCCCAGCCUGUUUGGGAAAUGGCGAGAAUAGUGUUUUCCGAUCUCAACACUCCAGGGGGGUUAUUGACCAUGCAGUAAUGGUGUCUACUCAACACAGCGACCAGGAUAAAUUAAAGAUCAAUGAAUUAAACCAGUUUACUUUGUCCCUUGGUUACCAGGUGAUUGACACCUUCAGCAAAGAUCACAUUUUGGAUGAGAAUCAAGCUUUACAACAGGAAGAGCCAAAAUCAAGCCACGAACAGUAUGGAAGUGAGGAAAAACCAUACGUGAAUGCAUUCAACUUAUCCCACGGAAGAGUGGAAAAUUGUAUUGUAGAUGGAAAAGAGAAUGACUUAGGAGAUAAGAUUUCUCCCAUAAAGGGACGUGUAUCCUCUCCCACUGCCUGGACACACUCCUACAAUAACUCACCAUGCAUGGUGCCUCACUGUCUCCCACACCAGCACAACUGCAGUGGGAGAGGAACAGACACCAACACCCUAUCACAGGGAGAUAAUGGUGGCGAGCCUGCAGCAGCAGGGAUGCAGGCAGGAGUGGGAGAAGAGAGACAAACACUCCGGGAGAGGGAUGCGAAUUCUCAUGCAGCAAGUUGGACAACACAGAUGGGCCCUGCAGAGGAAAGGCAGCAGACACUGGAAGUCUCAAGGAAGGAGAAACUUGUGUUGUGCUAUCCCAGCUCUGACAAGGAGACCAUUUCUAUUAAAGACUCAAGUAAAGUUGAAACCAGCAUGCUGCCAAGUGAGACAGAUCCUCAAACUCACAACCAUGGGUCCCCUUGA